GGAAAGAAGAAUAGUGUAUUUAGAGAAUGUUACUUUGGGAGCCAGAGACACUGUAAGCUGACCAGACUGUGUCCUGCUGUGGGCUACACCUUCAGAGUGGCUGCUCACAACGAUAUAGGCACCAGUGGUUUCAGUACGGAGGUUGUGUUCUACACUACAGGUACGCUGCCCUCCUGCCCCCUGGCACCGCGGCUGCUGCGGGCGGGCGUCUCCUGGGUCACACUGGAGUGGGGCCGUCCCGAGGGCAGCGCCAACGAGGAACUAAUCACAUACACACUCGAGAUCCAGGAGGACAAUACCGGAACAGACUUUCAUCCAAAGUACACUGGAGACAACCUAACCUCCACAGUGCAAGGCCUGAAGAGGAGCACACAGUACAAAUUCAGGGUAAGAGUGUGUCUGUCUCUGAGGUUUUAUUGUGGCGAAAUGGUGUCUGGUUGUGUGUUCCCGUGGAAACGGAAAAGGCUUCUAUACUGCUGGAAAGACACAGUGAUUGGUGUCAUCGUGUGCACGAGCACAUACGCACACACACACACACACACACACACACACGCACUACACAAUCUGUCACCGUUUAGCAGCCAUACAACCACCGUCAGCCUGUCCUCUCUCUACCUCUCUCUCUCUCUCCCUUUCUACUUUUCUCCCCCACUUCUCUCUUUCCCCUCUGACCCUUCCCCUCCUCUUCCAGACGGCCUGACAUCAGAAGGUGUGUGUGAGGAGUGUAUGUUCAGUCUGGAGAUGACAUCAUCAGAGGGCGACUCUGAACCCAGUGAGGUGUACAAUGGGACAGAGCUGCAGUGCAGUGUGGGUAGCCUGCUGCCGGGGGCAACCUACAACUUCAGACUGAGGGCUGCCAACGAGGCUGGGUUUGGAGAGUACUCUGAGGCGGUGGAGGUGAUGACAGCAGCGGGUCCUCCAGGCCAGUGUGUGGCGCCACUCAUCACUCUGAACAACACCACCUGUCUAACAGUCAGCUGGGAGAGUCCUGAAGGAUCAGGCUCUGACAUAUCAGAGUAUCGCCUGGACUGGUCCAGGGAGGAGGAGCCUAUGGAGCUGAUCUACUGUGGACCAGAGACCCAGUGUGAAGUAUCAGACCUGACCCCCGCAACACACUACUGCUGUAGACUACAGGCGGUGAACCAAGCGGGGGCGGGGCCUUACAGUGAACAGAUGACCUUCCAGACUCCAGCGACUAAUCCCGACGCAGUCUCUUCUUUCUUCCUGCUUGACCAGCUCCAAUCAGAACAGUCCCCCUCCACCUGCCUCUUCCUGAAGUGGGAGGAGCCUAACUGUAAUGGGGCGGAUAUAACGUCUUACAUCAUCAGUCUGGACGAUCAACUCAUUACCGUGGAUACAGGAACCAGUCACCUGGUCACUGACCUUCAGCCAGACAGCCAGUACAGUGUGCAGAUCCAAGCGGUGAAUGUGAUUGGCUGUGGCCCGUUGAGCCCACCCCUGGUGGCUAGGACACGCCCCCUCCCUCCGGCUCCUCCUCCUUUGGAAUGUUCGGCUGCCGGCCCCCAGAGUCUGAAACUGAAGUGGGGGGAGAACGCUGCCCACACACACACCCGCGCCCUGCUCUCCAAUGACAUGUUCUACACACUACAGAUGGAAGAUAAGAACCACAGGUAGAGUAUAGAGUACACACACACACACGCAGCUACUACCAUCCAAUGGUUCCAAUGGCUCAAUGUUAUGUACGUUCUAGAUAAAAGCAUCUGGUAAAUUACCAUAUUACAUAUCACAGUUCUACUGAAGGAAAAUACUUCAAACGCAUUGAGUGAGUGAGUGGUGCGUGUGUGUGUGUGCGUGCGUGUGGGGAGAUAGGUAGAGGAAACGACAGUAACCAGUAGAUCUAGGGAGAACUCACGAUGAGAACAUCUAGACUACAGAAAUAAUUAGAACCAUGAACUGGUCAACCAUGCUGUCCAUUAGAGAACAGACUGAAGGAAGGAGAGAAAUAAAUAG